AUGGCUAAAGUAGCAAAGCCGAAGAGGGAGCCACUGACCAAUCCACGUUCCAGAGCAGCCAGACGAGCGACUUCACCAUCCAUUAAUACAGACAAGUCACUGAAGGAAGCACCGCGCGCUGCGGAAACCACCCCUAUACUAGCUGCAUACAAGGGAGCAGGUAUACACAAGAAGGCCAAGAAGAAGCAAUUGUCCCAUGCUCAGCGGCAGCGGCAGGAAAAAGUUCUACAAAAGGCCGAAGCCGUGCACGAUAUACUUGAGUCAAAACGUGCAGAUGCGUCGUCAAGACUGAAGAGACGGCAAGGAAGACGAGCGCUAUGGGACGACAUCAACGAUACGAGUACUGAAGAGGUUCGAAAGGCCAUCAAGGCGCCUGGCCGUUUCGAUACGCUGGACGACGGAGAAGAUGCAGUCAAGGACGAUAUCCAGCCCUUCCACGGCGAGACUGAGAUCAAGGUCAUUGCUGGAGUACAGGUACCUACGUUUGCUACCGGGCAGAGUAUGAGCCUGACCAUGGGCCCAACCCUAUUCGCGAGUUCCAAGAAGCCUGGCACAUUUGGUACGGCCCCCAAACCUGAAAACACAAACGGUACAGCGGCGGCUGGACCGGCGCCCACGAACGAAGCUGCCGCAGAUGCCACAUUAGUCGCAACGUCAGAAAAACCAAUCACUGCAAUUCCAGUCUCAGCAGAUGCGGUCCAAUCGAGCGACGCGAACCCACAAGAAGCAGUUGAUGAGAUCACUUGA